AUGGAAGGCGUAGCGCGCUUCCUAAGCGCUGCAAUGGACAGUAACAACGACAUUGACAACGUACAAGGAAAAUGGAUUGGGCUUAUCAUUAUUAUCGUCUCGGCUGUACUAUCAAACCUUGGUGUGAAUGUGCAAAAACUCUCCCACGUUCAGGAAGAAGAAAAACCCGUGUUUGAGCGACAGACGUAUUACACACGUCCAUUGUGGCUCACUGGUCUCGUAUUAGUCGCUUUAGGCGCAAUUGGGGACUUUGAAGCGUUGGGCUUUGCUCCUCAGGCGCUUGUAGCGGCUGUUGGUGGUGGCUUUACGGUUUUAGCAAAUGUCUUUUUUGCGCAUUUGUGGCUGGGCCAAAUCUUGACCAAAACAGAUGUUGUGGGCACGCUGCUGAUUAUCAUUGGCGUUGUACUUAGCACAGUGGCCAAUGAACCAGAUGAGCAGAUGUCACUACUGGAGCUAGAGAAACAGUUCUAUCAGCUGGGAUUUCUUAUUUAUUUAGGCAUUAUGACUGUCGUGCUUGGUGGCAUUUUUGGACAAAUUGAAGCUAUUAUGAGGCUUCCUAAAGCAUUAAAUGAGAACAAAUACCGAUUGCUGCCAUUUAUGUAUGCUACAGCGUCAGGUAUCUUCGGUUCCUUCUCGGUGCUAUUGGCCAAGUGUGCAUCAAUUUUGCUGAUUUUAACGUUGAGCGGAGAAAAUCAAUUUGUCUACUUUACGACGUAUUUGUUUAUGGGUGGCAUGAUGUGCACGCUGGUAUUACAGACUGACUUGUUAAAUCGCGCUAUUAUGGCGGGGGAUACACUCAGUGUUUUCCCCAUGUUUCAAUGUUUCUGGAUUGGUUCCAGUGUCAUUGGUGGCGUCGUUUUUUACGAAAAGUAUACCCACUUUUCGCUUUUCGACUGGAUUUGUCUACCCAUUGCUCUCGCCUUUAUUAUCAUGGGUAUUUAUCUGCUGGCAAAGCACGGAGAAGGAGAUUGCAAUGAUCUGAAUGAUGUUGAGCACACAACACCGGCCCACCGUGCACAUUUGACAGGUCACUUUGGCGCGCUUAUGCCGCUUUCACCCCAGGGCCGUUCAUAUAGCACGUUCAGUCGAAAAAGUUACGAUGAUCACGAAAGCGGGCAUACACCGCUACGUUACACGCCGUCUAGUGGACGAAAACCUGACCAAAGUGGACGUGGCUCUGGGCAGCUGAAUGGGUUAGCCAAUCGUGAUGACAAAGGUCACUAUAAUGGACAUCCUGCUGACGCUGACCAGUGGUCGGGUUCCAGUGCACGAAGGUAUGAUUUCCCGGUGUACAGUGGAUCCUUUUGA